AUGGGAGGAGCGGCUGUCCAGGUGCUGCAGCCCAACAGAACCGAACUGAGGUCUCAGACUCAGACGAUCAUCAGGAGGAGAUAGUGGCCGGAGGAAAGAAGCGAGCGUGCGAGUGCAGGGCGCGUUCACAGUCGGGUUAUUGUUCUGAUUUAACCGCGGUCUCCUCACGAAGAGUCCCCACUGGCAUCUCAUGGGUUUGGAAAUACUGCGCUUUUGAUAUACAGCGGAUAUAAUGUUCAAGAAGAGCAAGAGCAAAGUUCUGGUGGAUGAAGCGUCAGAGGAGGACGACGUGGCGUGGCAUCACGAGCACGCGAGGAAGGAUAAAGACUCCGAGGGAACAGAGGAAGUUCUGAGCCCCUCAACAAAGGAUUCAAAGUUAAAGAAGGUUAAGUCAAAGCGAGAAAAAGGAGACAAAAAGUUGUUUCCGUCUCAGGACGAUGAACACAUCUUGCUGACAGGAGUCACUGUCUCUCACAGAAGAGGGUCUGCUAAGAAAACCUGGGAGGACGACAAGAGCAAACCGCACACAGAAAAAGACAAAGCACACUGUCUAUGGGACAGCAUCACCAUGACGAUGAAGCAAAUCACACCUACGAGGAAGAUUGAUAAGAUGGAGGGCUGGGAACCACCUCAGCUGAAUGACGGAAAGGAGGAGGAAAAACAUGAGCCGGAGAAGAAGAAGAGUGACUCGUCCCCGCUGUCUUCCCCUUUGUCAUUGUCUUUGCCGCAUUCUCUAGGUUUGCCGUCCUGGGUUGGCUUGGGUUCGGAGGAGGACUCGUCUCGCUACGCUAGUCUGACUGAGUCACAGAACGGCGGCCCUGCCCAGUGGGCGGCCCGGGCAAGAGAUAAAUUAGCUGCCGUUCGUCGCAGAAGUCCAGCCAGCCUAUCAGAGAGCACUUGGGAGGGGCUUAAAUGAUUUAAUAUUAAUGUUUGUUAGAAUGGCCACGCCCCCUUGUAUACAACUCGAAUUGGACAGCCCACAGAUGGGAAAAGUAGGACCCUCAGGCCAAGAGUGCCUGCUCAAAAUGCCUGUCAAUCAAAAAUAUUUUUACUUUUAUGAUUUGAUAUAAAAUACUUUUCCAACUUUUGAAUGAAGCUCCUUCUGAGAAAUCACUGGAUGUAUUUGCAGCCGGUGUCUGACGUCACUUACG